AUGAGUUCCAAGGAGCAAACCCCGGGCGAAGCCGAGAAGAACAUUGAGAUCUGGAAGGUCAAGAAACUGAUCAAGCGUCUUGAAUCCGCCCGCGGAAAUGGAACCUCCAUGAUUUCUCUCAUCAUUCCGCCCAAGGAUCAGAUUUCUCGCGCGGCCAAGAUGUUGGCUGAAGAAUACGGUACCGCCUCUAACAUCAAAUCUCGUGUCAACCGACUCUCUGUCUUAUCCGCCAUUACCUCCACCCAGCAGCGCUUGAAGCUAUAUAACAAGGUUCCUCCGAAUGGACUGGUUGUGUACUGUGGUGAAAUUAUCACCUCGGAGGGCAAGGAGCGCAAGAUUAACAUCGAUUUCGAGCCCUUCAAGCCUAUCAACACCUCGCUCUACCUUUGUGACAACAAGUUCCACACCGAGUCUCUGAGUGAGCUGUUGGAGUCCGACCAGAAGUUCGGUUUCAUUAUCAUGGACGGUAACGGUGCCCUUUUCGGUACCCUGAGUGGCAACACCCGUGAAAUUCUUCAGCGUCUUUCCGUCGACUUGCCCAAGAAGCACGGUCGUGGUGGUCAAUCCGCCUUGCGUUUCUCCCGUCUGCGUGAGGAAAAGCGUCACAACUACGUCCGCAAGAUCGCCGAAUUGGCCGUUCAGAACUAUAUUACCAACGACAAGGUCAACGUUGCUGGUCUCGUGCUGGCUGGUUCCGCCGAUUUCAAGAACGACCUCGCCCAGUCCGACCUGUUCGACGGCCGUCUUCAGGCCAAGAUCAUCAAGAUUGUCGAUGUGUCGUACGGUGGUGAAAACGGUUUCAACCAGGCCAUCGAAUUGGCUGCCGAGACUCUCAGCAGUGUCAAGUUCAUCCAGGAGAAGAAGCUGAUUGGCCAGUACUUCCAGGAGAUUAGCCAGGACACUGGCAGAGUCUGCUACGGUGUUGAGGAUACUCUCAAGGCUCUGGAGCUCGGUGCAGCCGAUAUCCUGAUCGUGUACGAGAACCUGGAUGUUACUCGCUGGGUUCUGAAGGACUCCACUGGUGCGGAGGUGAUCGUCCACACCACAAAGCUUCAGGAGAGCAACCGUGAGCUGUUCAUGGACAAGGAGACCGGUACCGAGAUGGAGGUUAUCGAUUCUAAUUCCUUCCUGGAGUGGCUAGCUGAGGCCUACAAGGACUUCGGUGCCACCCUCGAGUUUGUUUCUGACCGGUCCGGUGAAGGAAACCAGUUCGUUAAGGGCUUCGGUGGUAUCGGGGCUAUUCUCCGUUACAAGGUGAACUUUGAACAGCUUGCCGAUUAUAGCGACGACGACGAGUUCUACGAUGAGAGCGAGGAUGAACGGCCAGAAGCUCCUCCGGCGAGUGUUCUGACGGCUCGCCCUGUGGAUCAUGAAGGCGGCUCCGAGACUGGAACCCAGGAAUCCGUAGAGGAAUCCGUUGAAAUGCCUGUUCCAAGCCCCGUGACGCUGCUCAGAGGUAUGUUUCGCGAGGGUCAUCCAAGCUCUAAGUUCCGUGAUAUGUUCACUGAGGUCUCAGUAUCUGAGACGAACAUGAGGUGUGAAUUGCAAUUUGAAAGGUUGGAUGCGAUUCUUUGCAACAUCUGGUCACUCAUUGCCGCCCGUCAAUACUUUGGCUAA